UGCUCAAUUGGACCAGAGGAGAAGCUCUCCAAGUUGCCCAUCCUGUUAUUUAACAAGGGCUUCUGUUGUUGUUACUCUUUAUUUUCUUGUCAUCUUUGUCUUUACCUACUCUCCACCUCCCCUAAUCACUGCUCCCCUCAUAUCGCUCCCUCCAUUUCUUUUCUCCACCACCCACCCCACUCUGUCGCCUCAUCCCAGCAUUCCUGCUGCUGCUCAUAUUCACGCCUCUCCCUCUUGUGUACUCUUUCAGCUUGACACUGCGGAGACGGACCACAAUGCUGUCUUCAGCUCCUCGCGGGGAAUCUCCUUCACCAGAUAAGGAUUAGGAUAAUCAGGAAAAAAAAACGAGGGAGAAUCGAUAAAUGCAGACAAAAAAGUGACUCGGAGGUGGGACAAGUCCAGAAAAAAGAAAAAGAAAAAAAACACCUUGAAGGGGAGAUUUCUGCAGCUUUCUCCCUCCGUUCUUCAUCCCCUCCUUCAUUCAGUACCUGUUCUGUGGGAUUAACAUGACUUAAAAUUCAAUCAGCCCGCAGCCUGACGGAGGAGCGUCAGCGGAGGCAGACAGAGCGCUGCAGCUGUCGACACCGAGCAAAGGGAGAGUGUGGAGGAGAGGGGGGGGAGGUGGGAUAGACGGAGAGAGAUAGAGGCAGGGGAAAAAAAUAGGGGGGAGAGAUGGGUCUUUUUUCUUUUUUCCUAACGCCGAGCUGAGAUAGAGAGCGAGCCAGCGGAGACGGAAAGAUGCGACUGCUCCGGGAGUUGAGGUGGAAUGAUCCGGAAAACAAGGUUUCCCAGGCUUCGUUUGGUUCCUGCUCAGGCGACAAACCUCCAUUUACUGCAGUCCAAGGUCAUCAAAUAACUAACUSAGAGCAGGAGAACAAACGGAGAUGGCUGAAGAUGCUCUGAGAAGUGGAGGAAUGAAAGAGGAAAAAGAAAGAGGGAGGCGAUUGAACCUGAAGAGCUCAGAUCCAAAAUGAGCAGAAGAGCCUCAGGCCAAAUAUUCUCAGAGAUGAGUUCAAUACAGUCAUGAGGAAAUCCUAUCAAGAUGCCACAAAUGGGAUUUUAAACCAAGUGGAUUCUUGGAUUUUUUUUCUUUCUUCAGAGGUUGGAAUACUGCGCUGGAAUCAAGCGGGUGAUUUAGGAUUUUCCAGGUUUUCUUCAUCUAUAAAGAGCCUAAGAGGAUAUCGUGGGAUUGGAAUUUCUUCAGCUCUCCAGUUGUCUUACACUGACCUACAUCUGUUUUUUUUUUUUUUGGGGUGUGUAGGUGUGUGUGAAAUGUGGAUGGGAGUGGUCUCAGCUCAGAAAACACAGCUCACUCACCUUCCCUGAGCUGGCCUGACAAACUUAAACACAUGAGGGCCAGAUCUGGGCCUAAAACACACACACACACACACACACACUGACCUGAACCUGGAUAACAUGUGGAGCUGAUUCGGAUUAUAGAGGCGCACAGACGGAAAAGGUCUGUGGAUAGCCAGGCGAUCUACCAUGCUCGUCCCCCCACCCCUCCAUCCCCGCAGACAAACGCACCUGCCCCGCACACACCUCCACCCUCAACAGGGAGCAGAGGGAUUCACCAUCUCCUCACUCUUUCCUUCAUCCAUCCACUCUCUCUCUCUUCCCUCAUUUCUCAUCUCAUCUUUGCCCUCCUCAUCCCACCUCUACCACUGUGCCUGUCCGAGGACGUCCAGGAGGACCCUGCCCGACUCAGUCACUUUCCCAGUGUUCCAUUGGCUGACGCUGGUCACAUGCUGCCUGCUGCCUUCUCUGAUAGGAGCAGGGGAGACGUGGGGUGUAGUUUCGGCCUGUCCUUUCCACUGCGUGUGCCGAAACCUUUCAGAGUCGCUCAGCACACUGUGCGCCGAUAAGGGCCUCCUGUUUGUGCCGCCACACGUCGACCGGAGGACGGUCGAGCUGAGGCUGGCUGACAACUUUAUAACAGAAGUGGGCGGGAAUGACUUUGUCAACAUGACUGGACUGGUUGAUUUGACUCUGUCCAGAAACACAAUCCACCUCAUUCGACCCAUGGCCUUCUCGGACUUGGAGAGUUUGCGUUCUUUGCAUUUAGACGGUAACCGCUUAACAACACUUGGACCCAAGGACCUUUCAGGUUUGAUCAACCUACAACACCUGAUCGUCAACAACAACCAGCUGGUUAAAGUCUCCAUUGAGGCUUUUGAUGACUUCUUGCUCACCCUAGAAGACCUUGACCUGUCCUACAAUAACCUCAGGAGGGUACCGUGGGAGUCCAUUCAGAACAUGGCCAGUCUCCACACUCUGAACCUGGACCAUAAUUUAAUAGACCACAUAGCAGAAGGAGUGUUCGGGGAGCUGUAUAAGCUGGCGCGGCUGGAUAUGACCUCCAACAGGCUCCGAACUCUGCCUCCUGAUCCGCUCUUUGCAAGGUCGCAGACAGGAGCAAUAAGUCCUACACCCUAUAAUGCCGUCAUAAGCUUAAACUUUGGGGGGAACCCGCUCCACUGCAACUGUGAGCUGCUUUGGUUAAGACGACUUAUACGAAGUGACGAUAUGGAAACGUGUGCCACUCCUGCACACCUGGCUGGAAGGUAUUUCUGGUCGAUUCCUGAGGAGGAGUUUACCUGCGAACCACCUCUCAUCACCCGUCACACACACAARCUGUGGGUGCUGGAGGGUCAACGUGCCACACUUAAAUGCCGUGCCAUCGGAGACCCUGAGCCGGUGGUCCACUGGGUUUCACCGGAUGAUCGAAUUGUUGCGAACUCAUCCAGGACCAGCUCCUUCAGCAACGGGACCUUGGAUCUCUUGGUGACUGUAGCCCGGGACGACGGGGCGUACACAUGUAUUGCGAUCAAUGCGGCGGGUGAAGCUACCGCCACUGUGGACUUAAAAAUAAUCCCACUGCCUCAUCGAGGUGGGGUUACUGGAAGCACCGGGGUUAACAGCGUUAAUGCCAAGAAUGCCAGGAACGCGACCAGUGGGAUUUUACGGACCGACCCGGGUUCAUCGGAUAUUAGCACGGGGAAAAACGGAGGGAUUAACGGCGGCGCAGGACGAGGAGGAGAGGCGGAUGAUGGAAGCAGGAGAGAAAUGGAAACUAAUGAAGGUGACAGUGGAAAGUCAGCUGAAGGGGACAGGGCUGACAGAGGAAGCAUGGAGGAUGACGAAGGAGGCGAGGAGGAGAGCAGGCUGGUUGGAGUACAAGGAGUAACAUCCACUUCAGCUCAGGUCCGAUGGGAUUUGGGACGUUUGUCUGAAGCUUACGCUGUCUGGAUGUAUCAGAUACAGUACAACUGCACCGCCGAUGAGACGCUCAUCUACAGAAUUCUGCCAUCAACCAGUGACCGUUUCCUGUUGAAGAACUUGGUUUCUGGUGUGGACUACAACCUGUGUGUGCUGGCCAUCUUCGACGACUCGAUCACAUCGUUAGCAGCGACUAAAGUCCUAGGAUGCACGACGUUCUCCACCAAGGACGUUUACCCAGCAUGCCGCUCUCUUCAAGCCCACUUCCUUGGCGGGACACUCACCAUUUUGGUCGGCGGCGUGGUCGUGGUCACGCUGCUCGUGUUUACCGUUGCGCUCAUGGUUCGCCACCGUGUUUGCAAUCACGGAGACCACAUGAUGUGCCACAGCGGCAACACUGAGGCGGGAGGCGGGGCCUGCUGUCAGGGUGGAGGAGUGGGAGUUGGGGAUAAAGGGGGCAACGGCGGUGGGUGCUACCAAUCAAAUGGCUCCGGUGACAUGAUGAUGGUGGUUCUACCCAAUGGCCUGCCCUCUAAAAGGGGAGGAGAGGCGGGGAAAGAAAAGGACAAGGAGAAAGAAGCAGAUUCUGCAUCCCUCGUCCCUCCAAAACUGCCCCCAAAGCCCAGGGCAAAGCCCAAAGUCAACCUGGAGCAGUUUUUAUCUGCUGGGGGGGUGGUUUCCACAACAACAGCAUCAGGAAGUGAGAUGGCGCUGGUCGUGAGGCAAAGAAAGGCAUUGCCGCAAAACCUAGAGAGUGACAGAACUCCCCUGUACUACUCCCCUUCUCCUCCAUCUACACUGCCCCGACAGUCACGUUCCAGGGACCGCCCAAAUCCCCGUCUGGAGCGAGAACUGACAAACCGAGCCAGCUUCUCCCUGGCUGCGCCCCUGAGAGACUCAGAGAUGCUGGACUGGAGAAUCACACCCAGAGCUAGGGACAAAUGGAACUCCUCGCAGGCCUAUCAGAGUCCUGAAUCCCCUCUAGGCCCCGCCUGYGGGACGAUUGGCAAACGGCGGCACUCGCUAGACAUGGGCUCCUCUGUUGCUCUGGCAACUGACGCCGCCGCAACCGUCGCCAGGCGCUACGGCGCCGUGAGCUGUGCCAAGCGUCUGAGCGUGAUCUGGACCAGACGGAGCCAGUCGCUUCAUGGGAUGCUGGUGCAGUGCGCGUCCACCACGAGCACCACCUCCUCCACGACCAGCGACGAGGGCGAAGGCGGCGAGAGCUUYGGGGGCCAGGAUUUCAAACGGGGAUACAUCCACGCUUACAACACCACUAACUCUAACUCAAACAUGGGAAGUACAGCUGGGAAUGCCAAGGAGCGGAGCAGGGAGGCAGGGAAGGCUGAGGAUCUGGAGGAAAGUGUUGUAUAGUAGGUGUGGAGGAGAAGAAAAAAAGGGAAAGAGUUCAGUGACAGAAAAGUUCGAACAGCAAAAAAAAAAGAAUAAUAAAGAAGGCGAAAUGAAAUAUGAGGCAACCAGGAGCAGGAAGGUGAGCUCAGAAUGAGGGAAGAAAGUCAAAUUGGGACACAACCAAGUUCUUUGCCUGGCAGGAAGUUUAGAAAAAUGAGGGGAUAGAAGAAAAAAUGCUACUGAAAGUGAAAAUUUUAUUUUAAUUACAUCCUUCAGGCUCAGCUGUAAAAAGAAAAGUAACAAAAAAACUUAGCUUAACGCAGAAACGGUCAAUGCCAGUGGUAUCAUGGCUGCACAAUAUUAGAGAAACAUGUAAUUGUGACAUUAUUUAAACCCAUGUUUUGCUCAGUCUUCUCUUUGAUCAUCACAGUGCUCACAAUGCUCAGUAAUUUUAGCAUUUUGGCCACAAUCAUCACUCAGCACACAACAGUCUAUAAUUUAUUGCUGUCCAAGCAGUCCUUUGAUAAUGUGAUAAUGUUGGUGAUAUUGCAAUGACAAAAAUUUGUUUAAAAAAGAUAUUGUGCAGCUGUCAGUGGUAUGAAGUCAGACAGGUUUGAAGUUAACUUGGAUCCUUGUAAAAGCCUUGAUAAAACCAGAACUACACACUUCAGUCCUCCACAGUCCUCUCAGCCGUCAUCAUGAGGAUUUAUACUGGAUCAAAAACAAUUCCACUACUAGUAAUACUGGAGAAAAUUGCCUUUUACAAAGAAAAUGGUGAGACAAUGUGUGGAUGGAAAAGCCUAACUUUCCCAAUUAGUGCUUCUGGCUUGGACCUCCAUGGCCCUUAUUCUGAAACUCUGUCUGAAAUUCAUUGAAUGUGACUCGUGUGUCCUUCGUGUCUGGACAAGGAUUUUGGCUGGCUGUGCCUGUGGAUUAUGAGAGCAUAAAUACAGAGCCCGGUGCAAUGGACAUGAUCAAUCGAUACAAACUGGGAGGUGGGGGUGAAGCCGAGCAGACAUUAUUAAAAGAAAAAUAUUGGGAUCACCAUCGAGUCAAUAUGGAUUACAAAAUGGAGACGAGAGGAUGAUGGAACAUAUGAGUCCAUCCAUUUCUGAAAGACAAAAUCAUACUGCAUGUCGGAUAAUGGAAAUCAACGAAUAAUGCUAAUGGGUGCAUAAGUGAGUGUGCAUUAAUGGAACAAAGACCAGAUGUGUAUCCGGGUGCACAAAUGUAUUUGAAUGUCUGUGAGGGGCCAAUCCAGUCAGACUGUUGAUGUAUAAAUGUCUAGUGCUUUCUGGACAUGCUUACGAAGUAGGAAUUUGCACAUUUAUGAUUAGAGGUGGUCUAUACAAACUGAAGUGCAUUGUUUAAAGGCUUCGAAGGCAGCAGUGUUAGAUGGAUACAUUCAGUAACAGCAUGGUCAGAGAGAACCGAUUGGUAAAGAAACAUCAAAAUUUCCAACUCAUUUUGUGCAACUUUAGACUUCUUCGUGCCACAUGGGUUCAAAUGUUCAAAACCAAACUGAUGAAUGUCAGAAAACAGGAGAAAAAAAGAACAGAAUCCUCAUGGAGGUCGCCAACAACUAAAAACAUCUUUGGAAGAUUCUUAUGGACUACAGAGACUCAAACUAUUGAAGAAAAAAAAAAACAAGAAAACUUGAAAGUACAUAUAUAUAUGGUCUAUAUAUAAAAUGUUACUUGUUGCACCACGUGUUUCUGUUUUUCAGUUUUCUGGGGAAUGAUUUUGGGAUCAGACACAAAGUAUGAAAUGUGUGAUUUCUGUUCAUUCCUUACAUAAAYUAUGAUUCAUGGUCAGAAUAAAAAGUGAGGAUAAACCAAGCUCAAAGGACAAUGAAUAAGCACAAAAAAAUAAAAAAAUAAAAAAAAAAACAGAAAACAUCCCAACACACUGACUUAAACUGAUGCCUAAAACCAGACUUAAUUCGAUUUAUAUUGACGACUUUUACUCAUUAAUGUUGUUMCUUUUGUUUUCAUUUCAUUUUGCCAAAGUGAAAAAUGUUCUCUGGACUUGAUAUAAAUAAUAAAAAUUACACGAAUGGAACAACGAGUGACUGAUUACCAUAGUCAUAAGGUAGUGUAACAUGUUUGUGUGCGUUUGUUUACAAAUGUACUUUUUACACACAAUAUGUGCUGAUCUGAAAAUGUAUAUAAAGAAUUCAAACUAU